AUGCAGGGCGGUCUCGUGCACUGCGCGUCAUCGCCACCAACUCCAGCCAGAGCCGUUAAAUUUAAACCUGCAUUUUAACUACACCGUUCCUCCCGGAAUAUUUUCGUUCCGUUGGUAAUAGUUCUGCCCGUAAACGUCAAAUAAUGGUAAACACGAAACAGUUUUGAAAAAAGACUGGAGGUGGCUAGGUGAUCGCAAAGCAUUUCGGGAUUUGUAGUUUAUUGUAGCCGCCCAGCCGUGGCUUCACAUUGGCGCAACCGGGCAAAGAACUUGAUCUCCCAGAAGCCAGUGCUCACCGAGCAUUGCUGCGGCUAUCGCCGAGUCAACCAGUAUGUUGGUGAAAGGCUUGAAUGUCACUGGCAUAUUUUAAUAUAUCGCAAUAGUAUGCGCGGAAGAAGUGUCUAGAAGUGAUGUUUGGCCGUUCGAGGAGCUGGGUCGGCGGGAGCUCUGGGAAGUCCCCCAAGAACAUUCAUUCCUUGGAGCAUCUGAAGUACAUGUACCAUGUCUUAACAAAGAACACAACUGUAACGGAUAGUAAUCGUAAUCUGCUGGUGGAGACAAUUCGGUCUAUUACAGAAAUCCUCAUCUGGGGAGAUCAAAAUGACAGCUCUGUUUUUGACUUUUUCUUGGAGAAAAACAUGUUUGUUUUCUUCUUAAAUAUCUUGCGCCAGAAAUCCGGUCGCUAUGUGUGUGUGCAGCUGCUUCAGACGAUCAAUAUCCUGUUUGAAAAUAUUAGCCAUGAAACCUCAUUGUAUUACCUGCUGUCUAAUAACCAUGUAAAUUCUAUUAUUGUGCACAAGUUUGACUUCUCUGAUGAGGAAAUCAUGGCGUAUUAUAUUUCCUUUUUGAAAACACUUUCCCUUAAACUCAACAAUCAUACUGUGCAUUUUUUCUACAAUGAGCACACUAAUGACUUUGCCCUUUACACGGAAGCAAUUAAAUUUUUCAACCACCCAGAGAGCAUGGUCAGAAUUGCUGUCAGAACAAUCACUCUUAACGUGUACAAAGUGGAUAACCAGCUUAUGUUGCACUACAUCAGGGAUAAAACAGCAGUUCCCUAUUUCUCCAAUUUGGUUUGGUUCAUUGGAAGCCAUGUGAUUGAGUUGGACAACUGUGUGCAAACAGAUGAAGAGCAUAGGAAUAGAGGCAAACUGAGUGACCUGGUAGCUGAACAUUUGGACCACCUACAUUACCUGAAUGAUAUCCUGAUCAUUAAUUGUGAAUUCCUGAAUGAUGUACUAACAGACCAUCUAUUAAACAGACUUUUUCUGCCAUUAUAUGUCUACUCUUUGGUGACUCAAGAACAGUCUGGUGAUCGUCCAAAGAUCAGCCGUCAGGCUUCAUUAUAUCUCCUUUCACAGGUGUUUUUAAUUAUACACUAUAGGCCAUUGGUGAAUUCUUUGGCCGAUGUAAUCUUGAAUGGGGACCUUUCGAUGUUCACACUUCAUUCGGAACAGGAUGCAUUGAAACGCUCACUUUUUCCAACUUCACUGACUAGUUCUUCAUCUGAACCAAAGAUGUCCACAAGCAUUCAAUGUUUCACCAAACCUGUAGAAACAUUGGAAAGAUCUCUUGAGAUUAGUCGACACAAGGGAAGAAAGAGAGUGCAGAAAAGACCAAACUAUAAAAAUGUGGGUGAAGAGGACGAAGAGGAGAAGGGGAUAGAAGAGAAGGAAGAUGACACUGAAAAGCUCAAAGGUACAGACUCUAGUGCAAAAGGCAUCAAGACAAGUGGGGAGACUGAAGAAAUUGAAAUGGUUAUUAUGGAGCGAUGCAAGAUAUCUGGCCCCCAGGUUUCGGGCUUGACUGAACAAAAUACCACAGAUGAGGAGAAGACUGCAGCUGCUGCAAGGACUAACAAUCCAAAAAUAAGACCCUUCCUAGAUAUGGUGUAUAAUGCACUGGAGUGCUUUGAGGAGGAUUAUUAUGCACUGUUUGUGCUAUGCCUUCUUUUUGCAAUAUCUCACAACAAAGGUAUAGACCCAGACCUGUUGGAAAAGAUCCAAAUUCCUCCAGAGAACGCCAAGGAGAAGAGCUCAUAUAGCCAUGUACUGGCAGAAAGACUCAUUAAGAUAAUGAACCAAGCAACACGUCCUGAUGCAAAAAUUCGCUUGGCUACAUUGGAGCUUGCUUGCCUCUUACUAAAACAACUUGUGCUAUCAGACGGCAUCUGUAUCAUUAAAGAUGUGCAUCUUGCCUGUCAUGAGGGUGCAAGGGAAGAAAGUGUCCACUUAUUGCGACGUUUCUAUAAGGGAGAAGAAAUCUUUCUUGAUAUGUUUGAGGAUGAAUAUAGAGUCAUGACGAGUAAACCCCUGAAUGUUGAGUACUUGAUGAUGGAUGCAUCUAUCCUGUUACCUCCUACUGGGACCCCACUAACUGGUAUAGACUUUGUGAAGAGGUUGCCUUGUGGUGAUGUGGAGCGAACAAGACGGGCUAUCCGGGUUUUCUUUAUGCUUCGUUCUUUAUCCAUGCAACUACAAGGAGAGCCAGAAACACAACUACCACUGACACGGGAAGAGGAUCUGAUUAAAACAGAUGAUGUAUUAGAUCUAAAUAACAGCGAUCUAAUUGCUUGUACUGUAGUUACAAAAGAUGGCAAUCAAGUACAUCGGUUCCUGGCUGUAGAUGUUUAUCAAAUGAGCUUGGUGGAACCUGAGAGCAAACGGCUUGGAUGGGGAGUGGUAAAAUUUGCAGGUUUGCUUCAGGAUAUGCAGGUGAUGGGAGUUGAAGAUGACAGCAGGGCUUUAAACAUAAUCAUCCACAAGCCUGCAUCCAACCCUCAUGCUAGGCCCUUCCCUAUUCUCCAGGCAACAUUCAUCUUUGCUGAUCAUAUCCGCUGUAUCAUCGCAAAACAGCGAUUAGCAAAGGGUCGCAUUCAAGCACGACGUAUGAAGAUGCAACGAAUAGCAGUACUGUUGGAUCUCCCUGUGCAAACAUCCUCGGAGGUUAUGGGUUUUGGACAUGGGACGCCUUCUUCAGCCCAUCACCUUCCUUUUAGAUUCUAUGACCAGUCUCGCCGAGGUGUCAGUGAUCCUACGGUUCAACGUUCAGUUUUUGCAUCUGUUGAUAAGGUUCCAGGGUUUGCAGUGGCACAGCACAUAAACCAGCAGAGUCCCUCUCCAGCAUCAUCUCCUUCCCCACCCUCUAGUGGCACCAUAACAACAAGCACCGGCUACAGUGAUACCGUCACCACCAGUGUAGCUUCCACUCCCUCAGCAACUCAGAGUCCCACAGAUGGACCUGAACUUCAAGAGCAGUCCCAUUUGACUUUUCCAGACCAAGUGGAAUUUGUCAAUGAAGCCCCUUCUUCACCCCCUACAGCAGAGGGUGGCACAAGUUGUUACCAUCUGCCCAGCAGUACUGAACCAGAAGCAGCUAAUCUGGCACCAAGUCUGACUCCAGCCCAUCAGCCAACUAUAUCACUUAUUUCUGAUGACAACACAGAUGCAUUGAGUGUGGAGUCACUAACACUUCUUCCACCAGCUGAUGCACAGCAAAUCCGGAGCGUGAGCACUUUAACCCAGACGUCCACAUUCUCCGAGUCAAAUGGGAUGAUAGAAAAUGAGGACACUAAAACUAAGUGGGAACCUGAAGUAUCUGAGUCAACGCAUUGAACCAUCUGCAGUGAAACAGGUCUGAAAAGCAAGAAGAUUAAACGUAUAGUCAAAACACAGCUGAAAAAGGAAAGCUAGUAACUCUGUGGGGCCCAAAAAUUGCUUGAGUCCUCUUCAUUCUGAAUCUGGGGAGACUUGGAGAAACAGUUAAUAUACAGUUACAGAUUUCCAGCUGAAGAACGUACUUGAUGUACAGCUUUUAAUACUAAGCCCAUACAUCAGUCGAGCUUUGUCAUUGAGUUGGUUAGACCUUGGUUCUAUCUGCCUUUUUCAAGGGAUUUUAGCAAAAUAUGUACAGCAGAGGUGUGUAUUUUUUCAGCCAUGUACAUUCUAUUACUGACUUCACCCAAAUGAAUUCAUAUCCGGGCUAAUUGAAGCAUUUUUAUGAAACUGCAAGUUGCAAAUUGAACUUUAUUUUAUAAAUUGACCCCAAUAUAAAAUUCACUCAUUAAAUAAAACACGACAAACACUCAGCACAACUAGUUAAAAUUAGAUGCACCAAUUAUAUCUGCAUUGUAAUUAAUUUAAAUAAAUCUCAAACAAGUUUCACUGAUUGCACUUGCAUAUUUGCAGUGCCUUCACUUUUACUUGCAAUGUCAAAAGUGUAUAUGUUUAAUAAGCUUAUGGAUAAACAAAUUUUAUGAAAUUUAAAAUGUAAAGUACAAAUUACUUCCACAAGAUGGUACAGUACUAGGAUUCAGUUUUUAAAAUUUGGCUAAUGUGCUGGCUGCCUGGAAUUUGCUGGUUAUUUAUUCCAUUAACCCAGGAACUUGCUCUUACACUUAGAUAAUGUGUAAAUGUUGGAAAUUGCAUAAGAAAGCCACUCCAAACCACUUGGCAGCACUGCUACAUAUUCUGCUCUUUAAGUAUUUAAACUCAUGAUAGAUAACAGGGAGGGGGGAAAACAACAAGUUAAAUUCUUGGUAUCUUACCUUAGUGAAGGAAAGUUAGAGGGUGCUUACAGUUUGUUGUGUACUUGGUAUUGUCAGGCAUUUUGCAUUUCUUUUUAAGCUUAUGCACGGCUUCUUAACCAGAAAGUGAAUGUGGUGAGAGGUGAUAUAAAUUGAGGAAUGUUUAUUGCUGCAUUUAAAGCCAUCCACACCACAAUUAUAGCAACACAGGAAAAUAAUGUUUUAUAAUUAGUGAGAGUUAUUUCAGACCACCUCAAACUUGGAUUUCAGAUUAAUUUAAAACAUUAUUGUUGUUCAAUAUGGUUAUAUUUAGCUUAUCACUAAUCCUUACAGUUUGAAAAUGGGCAAAAUUUAUUCCUCCUGCUGACAACCAACUGCCUUCUGUGCAGUUUCUCUAAUAACAUCUGUUCCAUUUGUAUUUCAGUAUUGAUCCAGAUGAGGAAAAGUAAAGAAUUAAAAAAAGUUGACCGUAAAAUUAUUGGUUAUGUUGUUGCUUGGGUCUGGAUAUGUUACAUUAUUUACUAUGUUGACUUAACAAAACCAAAGCAAGAUGAGAAAUGUCCAAAACAGUUCUCAGUUAAGGUAGUUGGAACAUAAUGGACCAACUGAAAAUGCAAUUACUUUCAGAUAAAUGGUGAAAACAAAUUGACCUCUCCACAAAAUAAGAUGAUGUGCCUGAUUUUGGAUGUUAAUUCAGGCAAUGCAUACAGUUAAAGUUAGUAAGGAAGCAGCUACAUUGUAUGCAGUCAGACAAUUGUAAUAUUGGCAUCAGUAUCUGGCUGUGUUUAAGUAAUCUGAUAUAUAACCUAAAAAAAACUGAAUGAUUCUGUACUGAAUCAUUCAGUAUCCUUAACAUCAAUUUUGCAGUUGGUAUGUGGCUAAUCCUAUGUAACGCCUUGUGGAAUCUGGUGUCACAGGUGCAGUUGAUUGAACUAAUCACCUUGCAACUGUUCUCAAAAGUAUUACUACAAGAAUAAAAGAUUACAUAGAUAGUAAUUAUUUCAUCACAUAAGUCACUUAAUUUCGUCAUGAUAUUGUGAGUCUGCAGGGUAUCUGAAAUCAGCACUAUGACCCAAGUCCCUACAUAAUUUCACACCAAGGCCUUGACAAUAAUCUGCAAUAAGUUUUCUACAGGAAAAUUCACUUAGCUUUUGAUCUUGUACACAAUAUACAUAGUGAUGUAAUGUUGCUUUGUGUGGUACAUUUGACUAUCAACACAGUAAACUGGUGUGAACAGAUCACGUGAUCACUGUCUAAUGAUUCAUCAGAAACAAAAUAGAGCAAGAUAUUAAAAGAAUGAACUCUUAUUCCGUAUCACCUGCCAUACCAAUACAAGACAUUCACAAAGACCUACUCAUUUUACAAAUCUAUACAGAGCUGGAAAGAGCCAAGAUGGAAGUGUGCUUCAAUUUCGUCAUAAACUAACAAGUACAUUAAUAAACUACUUUUUAUAAAAAAAACUUUAUAAAAAGUAUUUAUAAAAUAACAUAGCAAAACUCUUAAGGAAGGCAGAUAACAGACCAAGGUCUAUCUAAAUAUUCAAUCAAAAAGAAAAAUCAUAGUCAAUAUGACAGUGAUUAUGUGUUCACGUAGCAAAGUACUGGGACCAAGUAUCAGGCAUGUGACAAGUAAAGCAAAUUAAUUUUUUUUUAAGUUGGUUGACCAUCAAAGCUAUUGACAUAUUAACAAUCUUACAGAAAUUCCAAGUGCCCAUUACAUUUUGUUCUCGCAACUCCUGGUCUUCUACUAGAAUAAAAAUUGCUUCUACCACUAAUGGGCUUUUAUUAGCAACAGUGCAAAUUGUAAGGAUAUUGUAUGUAAUUUGAAAGUUCUGAUGUGAAUAUUAAUUUGUAAUUUGCUGAUGACCAAUGGAAGAUCUAAAAUUUAUGGAGGAAAAAAUCAAUUUAGUAUAAAGCAGCUCUUCGGGAGAAAACUAUGCAGGUAAAUGUUCAUUAUAAAUGUAAUGUACUGUUAUGGUUUUCUUGCAAUUGUUCACAUGGGUUUUUGGCGUGAUGGCAUGCAGUAUAUUGAUUUUGUAGGACAAAGUCUAUCUCAAUUCCAGCUGUCUCAUCAAGCAACUUAUCGGUGUUAAGUAUUUCAUUGGAUCAUUUGGAUUUAACUCACCAUUGGAAUUAAUAUUCACAGAAGGCCUGGCUGGAUAUGUGAAACUGCAACAUUUUUCUACUGAUCAAAAAAAAGUGCAUUUUCCUGCUGGGGGAAUAUUGAUCUUUGUUUCAGUACAAUCAAUUUCAGAGGUUGGUGUAUGUCAUGUUCAUUCAUGCAGAUUUUCCUAACCUCUGUGUCCUUGCAAAAGCUGGUGUGUGCUGAAGUUGCAACAGCAGAUGUGAACUUAAAAUGAUUUGUGUCCUUUGCUACAUUGACUUGACUUGUGCUGUUUAAGAAACAGUGCGGAAGCAGUGAACAAUGUACUUCAUUCGCUGCAAUGUAUUAGUACAAUAUAUGGACUUAAUGUACUGAACAUAUUUUCUCAGCUCAGUGAGUUUUGUAUGAUAGAUUAAAAAAUAAUUAUUGUAAAUUAAACAUUGUCUGUCAAUUGUGUAAAAAAAAUCUUCUUUACUUCAGAUUAAGCAAUACUAAGACUAUCUACAUUAAUGCUUUCUUGAUCCCCAAAUUAGUUUCAGUGCAAUAUUUCAAGCUUGAUGUCAACACUAUAGUGGGGAAGUGUGAAACAAACUGUAAAUCAUAUGUAUAUUGGAAAAUGUGGGUUAUGUUUCGACUAGGAAAAUUGCUCUGUAUGCAUAUGUGGAGACUUUUGCUUUGUUUUCAGUAUGAAGAUUCCUUUCAGAUUUAUGCUUUUGUUUUGCACUAUGAGCUCAGGUAGCACAGGUAAGGGUCAUGUAACCUGGUUAUUUCACAAUGCUCCAAGGGACAGAACAGGAUAACGCACAAUGUAACCUGUUUGUCCUUUACGCAAUGGCAAUAAAUAUAAGGUUUGUUUUGCA